UUAUCGUGUCGCGUGCAUUGCGAUUGCCAUUGGCUUUUUCUGGCAACGUCGCUGGACGGCGUCAUUCCUACAUCCUCCUCAACGUGCAACAUGACUGUUUCUACCAUGCCGCAAUGGCUGCAAAUAGUCGACAAGAAGCGCAAUAGUCGAAACGAGGCUAUCCGCCGAUUUAUCGAGGCACAAGACGCCACAUCUGGACACCUGCACACAGCCGGACCGAGCAAUGGCACGACAGACGACGCCACGUCACAGGAGACGAGCUUCGACAGCAUUGGAGAUCUUAUCGGAGCUAUUUCUGCUGGGACGUUGACCGCUACCGAGUUGUGCACUGCAUACAUCAAACGAGCCGUAGCAGCUCACAACCAAACGAACUGCCUCACUGAGAUCCUUUUUGACGAUGCACUGAGACAAGCCAAUGAGCUGGACUCCUUUUCCAAAGAGAAUGGACGCCUUGUGGGCCCUCUGCAUGGAGUGCCCAUGACGCUGAAAGACCAAUUCGAUGUUCAAGGGUACGACAGUACGCUCGGAUAUGUUGGGCGAGCAUUCAAGUCUGCAGAGCAGGACUGUGUUUUGGUCGCGCUCUUGCGGAGAAUGGGCGCCAUCAUCAUCGCCAAAUCAAACCUACCGCAGAGUAUCAUGUGGUGUGAAACCGAAAAUCCUAUAUUUGGUCUUACCACUCAUCCGAGAAAUACCGACUUUACCCCUGGAGGCUCCACAGGUGGAGAAGGCACACUGCUCGCCCUACAAGGCUCAGUUGUAGGCUGGGGCACUGACAUUGGUGGAAGCAUACGCAUUCCUUCGCAUAUGUUAGGACUAUAUGGUCUCAAGCCUAGUAGCACACGGCUUCCUUACCAAGGUGUCUCGGUUUCCACCGAAGGGCAAGAACAUGUGCCCUCUGUGAUAGGGCCUAUGAGUAGAAGCAUCGAUUCACUGAUUGAAGUUACCAAAGCUGUCAUUGACAGCAAACCUUGGGAUGACGAUCCGAAAUGCUCUCCGCUGGAAUGGCGAGACGACAUGUUCAAAGAUGCUCAAACACGACCCUUAGUCGUUGCGGUCAUGCGAGACGAUGGAGUUGUUAAACUGCACCCGCCAGUGGCACGAGUACUGGAUGAAGUGGCUCAGAGGCUUACACAGGCCGGCCAUGAACUCGUACCAUGGAAGCCAGGGACGUUGCAUCAAGAGUGCAUAGACAUCAUGGACCAAUAUUACACCGCAGAUGGAGGUGAAGAUAUCAAACGUGACGUCGCGGCUGGAGGAGAGCCUUUCAUUCCACACGUAGAAGCGCUCGUCAACCGAGGGAAACCAAUCUCGGUGUACGAGUACUGGCAGCUAAACAAACAAAAGCUAGCCGCACAGAAGCGGUACCUCGAUCUAUGGAAUUCAACAAAAUCUACAGCUUCGGGGAAGCCAAUCGACAUCUUGUUGUGCCCAGUGAUGCCACACUCCGCAGUUCCCCAUCGAAAAUGUCGCUGGGUGGGCUACACGAAGGUUUUCAACUUCGUUGACUAUCCUUCGGUCGUCCUACCCGCUGGUGAGGUCUCGAAAGAGCUCGAUGGUACCGCGGUCGCAGACAUGGCUGCAUAUGAGCCAAGGAACGCUCUAGACGAAUGGAACUGGAACUUGUUCGACCUGGAUGCUAUGGACGGCAUGCCUAUCGGUGUGCAGGUCGUUGCGCGGAGACUGCAAGAAGAAAAGAUACUUGGAGCGGCCAAGGUGGUUGAUAUGGUUCUGAGGGGUGCUGGUGAUGAUCUACAAGGGAGGAUACCCUCAUUGAAAGACGGGUUAGAGUCGCGAAAGCGUCCACAGAAUGAUUGAAUAUUUGUCUCAGCAUUGUUUGUUACAAUUACAUCGCUCUUGGCUGCUUGUAAACGAGAUCAUGUCCGAGAGCAUCGACUCUGGCGUCGACCACGCGAGAUCUUGGACAGUGUCACUCCGUCAGUGGCCGUUUACAUGACACGAGCGAAGUGGAGCACAGUGAAUACCACAAACACUGGAAGCUUGAGUACCUUAUGCUGGAGAUACUGUAUAACACGAUCGUAAAAGUCC